CUACUUGAGACAUCCUGGGAAAUCCCUGACUUCUGGAAAAACAGCUUCCAUGUCUUCCCAAGGCACAUCUGAAAUGAGCACUGCCGAAGCUCAUGCAGAGAAUGCAGAGUUAAAGUGUGCUCAAUCAAGAAGAAAGAACUUGACAGAUUCUCUUGAACAAAAGAUAAGGUGCUUGGAAAAACAGAGAAAAGAGCUCCUGGAAGUUAAUCAGCAAUGGGACCAGCACUUCCGAAGCAUGAAAGAGUUAUAUGAGAGAAAGGUCGUCGAUCUGAAAACGAAACUGGCAGCCACAGAAGUCCGCCGUACCCUGGAGAAGGAGAGGAUGCGGAGCUUGAUGGAGGGCGACAGACAGCAGACUACACAGGAGGAGAAGGAAAGGGAAAGCCUAAAUGAAGAACUACAAGAAUUAAAGAAAGAAAAUAAGCUGCUGAAAGAAAGAAAUGCUCUCACAAAUAAGAAGAAAGAACACUACGAAUGUGAAAUAAAACGUCUCAAUAAGGCUCUUCAAGAUGCCUUGAAAAUCGAGAGCUCUUCAUUUUCCGAGGACUCGAGGAGGUGCCAAGGUGCGUGCAACGCUGCGGAGAUGAGAACGGAACUGGAAGUUCUCAAACAGCAGUUGCAAAUUUAUGAAGAAGACUUUCAAAAGGAGCGAUCAGAUCGAGAAAGACUUAAUCAAGAGAAAGAAGAGCUACAGAAAAUUAAUCAGACUUCUCAGUCCCUGUUGGACAGGCUGAAUUCUCAGAUAAGAGCUUGUCAGCUGGAGAAAGAAGAACUAGGAAAACAGCUAAAACAGAUGGGUCUCCCAACUUGUACCUGUGGCCUGGUUUUCCACCUGCGGGAUCCUUGGGUACAGACAGGCCACGGACCUAUGCCACAUUCACCACAGCACUCGCCUGACUCUCAGUGGCACGCUCUCAAACAGCUUCCACUUUGUGGACAGCCCAAGGCACAUGGUUUCUCCUCAGAAAAGAAAGCCAACCAGUAGAAGUGUGCAUCAGCAGAGGAGAGCAGUGAGCAGUGAGUGCUCUUGGCUGUAGCUGUUUUGUGUCCUCACCACAGCUGGGCAUGUUCCACUCCAUA